CUCAUGUGACCAAAAACGAUAUAAUACAACUUUUAAAAUUUCAUAAACAAAACAUCUCUAUAUUUUGAUACACAGUCAUAAUGCAGUCCACUUAAGUAGUAACAAAGUUACGUAAUAAACAGCAUGUCAUAGUUUUAAACGUUUUCUUAUUUUUUGCAAUUCUUAAUGUUUGCACCAUCUCAGCCGUAGACGCCCACUGCUGAGCAUAGGCCAGCGUUUGCACCAGUUAUAUUCAACUUAGACAAUAUACUCGUAAUAUUGCCAAAAAAAAUGAAUUGAAACAUCCAGAAAUUUUGAAUCUUCCAUUGUAAACGUUAAAAAUAAUGACGUGAAUAUAAAUUAUAGAAAAUAAUAACAACCUUUAGUAGUACUAAUUAAAAUUGUCUUAUCAUGCUUUGCUUUAUUUUUAAAUAUGUAAUGUCAUUGCUACGAGUAAAGAAGAAAUCGAAAUGAAUUCUUAUUUUCUACGCAGCCCGCGGUAAAGUUGCUUGCUUGCGUCUCACACGAUAAAUGUAUAGUAAUAACACUGAGCUGAGAACAGCACGUCGAUUCCGUAAAAAGCAUAAAGUUAAUAUAACAUAUGUUUAUCAAACAUACAACAACAAGCAAAAUCACUUUCGAAUUUGUUAAAUUUUUAUUUUCGCCGGCCGUGUUGAGCGAAUGAACGGUAUGGCGGAAAAGGGUUUCACGUCGUAGUCUUACCGUGUAUUUUUCGCGACGCGGCACCGUAUCGUGCAUCCACGCAACACGCCUUCAGAGACAGGUGAGCGUCAUGAGCAUGAACCUGACGGCGAAGCUCGACGACCUGCAGCGGGGUGACCGCCAGCUGGAAACCACGGUGGCGCUCUGCGAGAUCCGCACCCAGCUGCAGGAGCUGACCAAGAGCGUCGAGUCAUGCCAGAGUGAGGUCUCGGAGGUGAAGCGCGAUAUGGUGGCCAUCAAGCAGGAACUGGACACGGUGCAGCAGGUGAAGGAGGAGAUCGAGGAGCUGCGCGAGUACGUGGACCGCCUGGAGGAGCACUCGCAGCGCCGAAAACUGAGGCUUUUGGAACAGGGGCUGACCUUCUUCCUGUCUUACGCCAUCCUUGCGGCUGUGCUGGGCAUGCUACAGUUCGGAUAUAACACUGGUGUCAUCAACGCUCCUGGCAAAAACAUCGCCAACUUCAUGAAGGACGUGUACAAGAACCGGUACGGGCUGGACCUGCACGACGACACGGUCAACAAGCUGUAUAGUAUUGCGGUCAGCAUCUUCGCCAUCGGGGGUAUGCUGGGCGGCUUCUCCGGCGGCAUGAUCGCCAACAGAUUCGGAAGGAAGGGGGGUCUUUUGCUCAACAACAUUCUUGGCAUCAGCGGCGCGAGUCUCAUGGGCUUCACCAAGAUUUCUCACUGCUACGAGCUGCUCAUCUUCGGAAGGUUCAUCAUAGGAGUCAAUUGCGGUCUAAACACCUCAUUAGUGCCAAUGUACAUAUCUGAGAUUGCGCCGCUGAACCUGCGCGGCGGGCUGGGCACCGUGAACCAGCUGGCGGUCACCGUUGGUCUUCUGCUGUCCCAGGUUCUGGGCAUAGAACAGAUCCUGGGAACCGACGACGGCUGGCCCAUACUGCUCGGAUUAGCCAUCUGCCCCGCGAUACUGCAGCUGAUCCUGCUGCCGGCGUGUCCGGAAUCGCCCCGGUACCUGCUCAUCACGCGUCAGUGGGAAGAGGAGGCACGCCGCGCGCUGAGAAGGUUGCGGGCCAGCAAUCAGGUGGAGGAGGACAUCGAGGAGAUGCGAGCGGAGGAGCGCGCGCAGCAGGCGGAGGCGUCCAUCUCGAUGCGGGAGCUGCUGUGCUCGCCGACGCUGCGGGCGCCGCUGCUCAUCGGCGUCGUCAUGCAACUGUCGCAGCAGCUCAGCGGCAUCAACGCGGUGUUUUACUACUCUACGUUCCUGUUCACGUCCUCCGGUCUUACGGACGAGUCAGCCAAGUUCGCGACCAUGGGCAUCGGCGCCAUCAUGGUCGGCAUGACGCUCGUCUCCCUGCCGCUCAUGGACCGCACCGGCCGCCGCACGCUACACCUCUACGGCCUCGGGGGGAUGUUCAUCUUCUCAAUCUUCAUCACCAUCUCGUUUCUCAUCAAGGAGUUCUUCGGGUAUGUGCAGGAGAUGAUCGACUGGAUGAGCUACUUGUCGGUGGUGUCAACGCUGAGCUUCGUGGUGUUCUUCGCGCUGGGCCCCGGCUCCAUCCCCUGGCUCAUCACGGCGGAGCUGUUCUCGCAGGGCCCACGCCCCAGCGCCAUGGCCAUCGCCGUCUUGGUUAACUGGAUGGCCAACUUCGUGGUCGGAAUAGGAUUCCCUAGCAUGAAGGCACUAUUGGAGAACUAUACAUUCCUGCCUUUUAGUGGAUUUCUUGCUGUAUUUUGGAUAUUUACUUAUAAAAAAGUUCCUGAAACAAAAAACAAGACCUUCGAGGAGAUAUUGGCUUUGUUCCGGAAUUCCAACGGAAGGGACAGCUUCCGCGACAGCCGCCUGUACGGCAGCAUGAUGAACUGCGUCAACGCGCUCGAGCAGCAACUGCCGCCGCCGCCGCCGCCGGCGCCCGCUGACGAGAAACAUGACUCGCUGUCGGAGCAGUCGUCAGGGGGCGGGGAGGCGGGGCGCGCGCCUCCGCCGCUGCCUCCGCCGCGGUUCCCCGCGCCGGGUAACGUCUGACAAUGGGAGCCGUCCCGCGCCCCCCUGGUCGCUCCCCUCAAGGCCGCGGCCAGCUUCCUGUUCCAUGGACUCACGCGGCCGGCGCGCCGCCGUCGCGGUCGACUCACUAUCACUACCACACAACAAAUGUUCUAAAUCGAUGUGAUUAGGCUUAACGAAACUAGCGUAAGUCACGGCGUAAACUUAAUUAUACUACUUAGUUUAGUCUGUCAUUUUGUGACGUAAUUAAUGAACGCAUCGGUACCCUGUAAAGUAUGUACCACCGGAUAUUGUACCCAUUUUGAUAAGGUAUUCGUAAAAUGUCAAGAGGAAAUUAAAGGAUAGCGUCCGCUCUGCCGACUUCAAAGUUCAAUAACUUAUUGAUUGUAGCUUCUGAUCAAUUAAUAUUUGUUUUGUCAUCAAAUCAGACACAGCAACCGAUGACUUAAUGUACUGCGCGUAAAGUACUUUACCAAAGCAUUACUCACAACUUAUUGAAAGUAGAGAAGAGAAGUGGAGUAUUUUAAAUAAAAUGGGUACCCCGAGUACGUAAUGAUAAAUAAAUAAAUAAAUAUAUUGAGCGUAAGACGUGCGUGUGUACAGUAUACAUGUUCGAGAUGUGACUUUAUUGUGUUGUUGAUUUAUAUAUAUUAUAAUUGUGAUUGUUUUACAAAGGUUUUUUAUUCUCUUUUUACUCUUAUUAUUGUUAAACUUAAUGAUAAAUUAAAGUCAUAUCUAAAAUGACCGAUAUUCUAUCAUUAUAUUUAAAUUAUAUAAAUUGUAAUUAUACACUAUGUUAUCGAGCGGUGACCGUUUGAUCGCAAACGCGGGAAUUGACUAAGCGAACUGUGUAAUUAUUUAUUUUUAUUCGAAGGAGUAAAUAGUUAAUUAAUACGAUAUCUGUAUACAACCGAUUAAAUAUUCCCAGGUCUUAUUUGAUUUUCUUUUUUUUGAUUUUAAAAGAGUCACCACCUUUAGAUAUAUUUGUUUCCUAGGUUAAGGAAUAUAGUUAAAACAUUAUCUUUUUAAUUGACAAAAAAUGGAAGAGUAUUGAAGAUACUAUAAGAUAUACAAUUUUGUGAAGACUUUUAAGAAUGUAAAGCUUUUAAUCCUAUACGCCCCUAGGAGACGAACAAAGAUAAAAUACUUAUUAGUUAGGGUUCUGUAGUUACUACAGGGUGUAGUCAAUUUGUUCGUCCAUGCAUCUCUAACACUGCUCAAUUCAAUGUUAAGACUAAAGUGUGCCGUAGCCGUAGGAGCGGGGGACGCACGGCCUAAUACUUGUAUAUUGUGCGAACGAGACAGUUGCGACAACUGAUCUAUCAUUUAAACUUAUUGUGAAACGCUCAAUAAUCACGUGGGUCUGAUUAGUUUUUGAAUGUAUAAUUAUAGAUGGAUGCUGUAGAUUGGUUUUCACGGUACUCGCAUCAUUAAAAGAUUGGUUAAAAAUUAAUUCGGAUAUAAUCUUGUUUAAAAGUUCAACGGACAAAAUUGUAAUUAGUGUAAAAUUUUAUUUAAGAUAAUAAUUGUUACUGGAAACGUUUUUUGAAGUGAGUGUAUUCUUACUGUAGUUAAGUGUGUUUAUGUGAAUAUUCGAUAGUUCAUCAGUAAUGUUGUGAAAUUCUAAAUACAUCUUUUAAAUAAGAUCAAUGUAGAUAAAGACGAUUAUCUUUAAUUAUUGAACACCGAACAAUUUAUUUAAUUUAUGAACAUAAUGGUUGGUUAUUUUUUUGCAGAUUGUUCAGCAACUUAAAAGGAAUUUACUGUAGAUAUUUACUGCACACCUGCAUAUUAUAAGAGGUCAUCUUUUUCUUACAGUAAAUCACAUAAUACUCAUUAACUACAGUAGGCACGUUAGAGUGAAUAAUUUUAUUUAUUUAUUUAUUUUAAGAAAGAAAGACAUCUUUCGGGGUAACAGACGAACAGUAUUUUGAGCAAUUAUUCCACGUGCAUGGCCACGAACUUAGCCAAAUACUAUUGUCGAUGUUAGGAGGCACAGUGUUCGGUGUUCUUGAGCAAGACCAAAGUUAUGAGUACUUGCACUGAAUAAUGCGGAAGUGGUCAAGUUCCAAAAGGCGACCCAGAAUCUCUUUUAGUUGCCGCCGUACGGAAUCUCAUAAGAUAUUUAUGUUAAAGGAACUUAAUUUUACGGUUUGGGUACGGAACCCUAAAAAGGAGCAAAGAAUGGAUGAAAUUUAAAUAGACGUUCAAAAACAUCCAUCUAGAGGUGACAGCUUCAGAAUAUCCAAGACACCAGAUAAGUGUUAUCGGGAUGAAAGAAUACUUAAUAGAAACUAAUGAAAGGUGAAAUCUUAAAUAAGAGAUGAUUCUGAAAGAAAAAAAUAGGAGUUAUUUCGCAAACAGAAACGUUAUUUAUUACUAAAAUAAACUUGAAUAAGUUUUGGAAAUGAACAGUCUCUAGGUAUUUCAGGAUUCUAACUACCUAUAAACUAUCUAAAUAUAAACUUUUCUAGAAAUUAUCACCUCUAGCAUUAGCAUUUUAUUAACUCUAAGGCUCCUUUUCAAAUCGUCCUCCUAAAGGCUUGUGUGAUUGCUAGCUCGUGACUAGUAGUCAACCCUGGCUCUAUGGCCGCUUGGUGGCACUCCUGGAUCUAAGCCUGCUAGUUGUGUCUUCUAGCUCUAUGGUCGCUGGUUGUGACUUCUGGCUCUAUGACCACUUGCUGAGUCACUCCUGGCUCUUUGGCCGCUAGUUGUGACUAAUGGCUCUAUGGCUACUAGUUGUGACUCAUGGUUCUAUUGCCCCUAGUUGUGACUCCUGACUCUAUGGCUACUAGUUAUGCCUCUUGGUUGUAUGGCCACUAGUUGUGACUUCUGGCUCUAUGGUCACUAGUUGCGACACCUUGCUCUGUACCCACUAGCUGUGAUUCCUGGCUCUAUAUCCGCUAGUUGUGACUUGUGGCUUUGUACCCGCUAGUUAUGACUUCUGGCUCUAUGCCUGCUAGUUGUGACUUCCUAACUUAAUGGCUGUUCUAAAAAUUGUAAUCUCAAUGGCUUAUGUGACUCCAAUCAGUGCAAUGCAAUUGAUAUAUGAAAAAGCAAUCAAAUGUUAUAGUUUUACGCUUUAUUCGAUGUUAGUGAUUACCUAUAUUUUGUAUGAUCGACAGCCCGAAGAUUGGUUUAAUUGACGCGUACAUAUCUCAUAGUUCGGUUAUGUUCGAGUGGUCGUACCAUUUGAUAGAUGAGUCACAGUGGUGAGGCACUUCCUUCCAGGCCUAGCACAAAAGUCGCACAAAACUCAACUGCGCACAAUGUCCCUGCACUAUGCUUACAGUUCGAAAGUCGAAAGCGUCCAUAUUCAUCACCUACUACUACACUUUUUGAAGAUAUAGUUAGAAGAGACCUUAUCACAAGGCCAUAGUGCGGGGAUUGCUUAAUUAUAAAAAUUCCCACAAGUACGACGUUCAGUCCAGUGAGGUCACGACAAUAGAUACAUAACAGUAACGUCUUCACCCACCACCGAACAGUUUCGUCGCAAGAUUAUUGUUAUAGAAUAAUAAAGCAUAUUAUAAUUAAUAUUAUAAAAAACAAUAAAUAUGACAAUAGUCUAUAUUCAUCGACCGGUAUCAAUAAAAGAAGCUGUUAACUUAACUGCCAUUAAUGUAAAUAUUUAGAAUGAUUCUAACUACUGUCGUAUAAGUGGUGGUGAUAAUAAUAGCGCGUGGCUGGCUCGCGGCGGGGCCUGUCAGGGCGACUGAGCAGCGAGCGACCAAAAUAUCGUGCGAUAAUGCUGCACUAUUUGCGUUAAUAGAAAAUUUAGCAGUAAAAUAAUGUUAAUGUAUUCGUCAGCUGCGCUUCUAUCCGUCGCCGAGCCAGCCACGGACUCCACAUCGUUUAGAAACUACCGUCAGUUGCAUAACAAUCAAGUCGAUACUAUCUAUCUAUCUAUGGGGGCACGGUGUAAGCUAAAUAAUUUAAAUGGAAUCGAUACUGAAAAUUAUUUGUCUUUCGAUAAGUUCGGACUACAAUUUUCGGGCAAACGAUAUGGUCCUACUUGUAGUGCGAUUUGUAAAUAAAUAAAAUUAAUAGAUAUUAAUAUUGUAAAUUAACCGAUUGUACUGACGCCGUCGGCGCUGGCUGUUGAUACGUACGUCUGAGACGUCGGUCCAGCAGGCAGGGUGCGGAGAACCUGACUCCAGGUCGAACCGUCGCGUCGGUCUAAUCGAGAGAGCCCAUUACCAUUAUAACCGAUCAAAUUAUAUCAAAUGUAUUUAUGUAGGUAUGUACAAUAUUGUUAAAUUAUAAUAUAGGUAAGUGAUAAAGAAUUUCUGUGUGUUUGAACGGUUCUGUGACAGCGUGACACGGUGGCGUUCGCUGGUAUCAGUUCAUUACUCAGUAAAAUUGGAUUAAUGAUAGAAACAAGUUUUUCGUACGCUUGUCCGUCGAGCCUACGACUAUGUAUGUUAUCGCAGAGGCCUAUUAUCAUUGAAAACCGAAAUUAUUUAUCGACUGCUUGAUUCGUUUAUUUCUGUUCAGAUACUGAAUCUUUCAAUACUCGGAUCUGAGCGCUUAGAACUGAUAUUUAGCGAAUUGCAAAAUAUUUUUUUAUAUAAAAUACUUGUAGAUUUUUUUUAUUGUAAAAUUUAAUAUUUAUGUACAUAAUUUAUGAUUGACGGCGUUGAUAGGUUUCACAGAAUAUGUUAUUGUACAUUUACAAUAUUUUAAAUCCAUUAUUUAUUGAGAAUUAUAAGUGAACAAAGAGAAUGUAGGUACCUACUUAUUGUUUAUCGGGUGAUUUCCAAUGACAAUGAAUGAAAUUUUAAGAACGUUAAUAAUAUAGCAAUUCAGUAAGUCAUUAUCAUAGUUACUAUUGUAUUGUUAAGCAAAAAAUAUUCUAAAAUGAUUAGUUAGUUAGAUAAUACUAAAAGUUUGUAAGUAUGCCUUUGCAUCUGUUGUCUCGGAAAUCCUAAAUAUGGGACAUUAAAAUAAUCUAUUUAUUAAGUUAAGAGAUGAAUUGAACUUUUACCAUAUUAACUUAAUAAUUAUACAAGCUGCAUCUUUUGAUGCGAACUCGUGUGCACGGGUAGUGCGACUGCCAAGUUAGGCGCAAACAUUAUUAACUGUAUCAUAAUAGUGGAAAUAGGAAUACCUAUCUUGUUUCAUUUAAUUUUCCAAGUAGUUACGUUACGUUAGUUGUCGAUGUACUACAGUGACAGAUACAAAGGAAUUGAAUCUAUUGUUUUUCUGUUAAUCAUCGAGAAAUAAUUAUACUUGUAGCCAAUGCUUGUAAAUAUUUUUUUAUUCCUAACUGAUAGUAAUUUGCCGUCAAUUUAGCAAAAUGUUUUGGUAACUAGUUCAAUUCUUCAUAAUGGGAUUUCGGACGAAACAUAUUGUGAUCACAGAAAUGGCAUAAGAAUAAUAAAAAUUAAAACAAAACGCGUUAAAGCGAAACUGGUUUACUCAAGAUUGUUUACUUUAAACACAAUAAAUUGCCGAUACAUUUUUUACUGUACAUUUAAUCGUUAAGUAAGUGAUCAUCAAUUAUGUAUAUUUAUGUCGAUUUUUCGUAAAACCGCUUCAUCAAGUGACGGUUACGCUUCUCCGCGUAAAAUUUUUAUUAUUCUUAUGGUAAUGGGCUCAAGAAAUGACCAGAGUCUUUCGCGAUUUUGUAAGUUUAUCGGUCACGUAGCGACGCUGGAUGCACGGACGGACAGAUCAUUGGGAAUGUUAAAGUUUAGGGGAUACCAGGCGCAGAGAAACAUUAUAAUGUUUGAAGGUAUAUGUGAUAAAUGAAUGAAUGAAAAGAAAAUUGUCAAAUGAAUAUUGGCUGAAAAGGAGCGCUCGCGGCAGAAUUCAAUCUGAUAUAGAUGCGGUGUCUAUAUUAACAUUAAACUUGAACGUGUGAUACAGAAGGUUCCCUUACAAAGCUCAGUUAUUUUAAAUUAAUUAAUUUAUCUUCCAAACUUGAUCGCCAUACUUUAACAUGAAAACUAUACGACUAAUUAAUAGAAUCAUGAUAAAAUAUGCGCUUGGCAUCACCUGGACUGUAUCCCAGAUGCUAGUUAUUGAAGCCCUAUACUUGUAAAUCGCACCCCACCGUUACGUCUCUAAUCCAUACGUUUUAGUUUCGUGACACGGUUGGUUCCGUACUUGUACAAAAGAAACUUGUGAAAUUUUAUUGGAACUACUUGUUAUAAAAACGUAAAAAAAUACAAUACUGUUUGUUUUCUUACCUCCGACUAAGUGACAAGAACAGGAUAAAGGUAAGCAGGUUUUAUAAAACCACCACGACUACAAGUUUCGAAAAAUUACUCUUAGUAAAAAUCUAGGAACUCCAUUACUGAGCUGUCACAAAUAGGUGUGUCUCGCUUUGGCGGUUCGGAACUUCCGUGAUAUAUGAUAAGGAUACCCUUUAGUUGAAGACCAGCUCUAUUUCAUAACAUCGUCAUCAAGGUCCAAUGUCUCCAGAAAAGCGAUAACUCAAUCAUGAUGAUUUUGUAAAACUUGUGUGUGUAAAAUGGCCAAAUAAAUGUAUCUCUCUUUUUCUUUCUCU